AUGUUUUUAGGUCCAAAUGGCGAAAUCCUGAACUGCACUCCUUGUGAUUCGCACGAAACUAUAUCAGUUCAUUGUGCUCCAAUAGAAGUGCCUGAUGGUGAUCCGUUUUUUCCAACACAUUAUCCAAACGGAGAACGACGUUGCCUGCCGUUUGUGAGAUCACUGUUGGGGCAGCUUACACUUGGCUACAGAGGCCAGAUAAAUCAGAUCACCGCAUUCAUUGAUGGCUCAGCUAUAUAUGGUUCAACAGUAUGCGAGAAUAACAUUCUUAGAGAAUUUGAAAGAGGCUUAUUAAAGUCUUCCAAUUUAGGAACAGGAAACGUCGAAGCGCUGCCUCAUGGAACGCAGGUGAAGCAUUCACUUUCAUUUUCUUUUUAACC